GGGAUUUCCGACCUAGGAAUAGGAAAAACCAAGGAAAAAAGCUCCUUAACUCGGAAUGCGAACAACCCAUGGCAAAAAAUGGAGUCACCACACUUAAAGGAUGCUCACCCGGCUUUUUCACUUCGUAGCAAAUAAACAAAUCACAGAUACGACACAAAACAAUUUUUGUUGAACAUUCUGGCUUCGUGAAAAACACCUCAAACAAAUUAAAUGACAUUGAUUUACUUAAUGGCAUAUUGUUUUCCAGAUCAAGUACAGGAAAAAAUAUGGUAUAAUAGUACUUUGUUGCUCCACCUCAGGCUUUUAUGAUGGCCUGAAUUGUUUGAGGCAUGGACUUCACUUCACUAAUGAAAAACAAUAUUCUCCAUCAAACUGGUUCCAACCUUCUCGGAUAACGGUCGACAGAUCAGCUUUGCAGGAUAGCGCCUUGUCAUGGACCAAUUUUUUAACUUCCACCAAAACUGUUAAAUGGGAUUCAGAUCCGGACUGUUUGCUGGCCAGCUUUAAUGCUCUUUGCUCUGUGGCAAGAUGCAUUAUCAUCCUGAAAAAUGACUUCACCACCAAAACCAUUUCCUAUCGAUGCAAUGAGAAAAGUGUCCAGAAUUUCAGUGUACACUCUGGUCUCCCUGGUCCUUCACCUGACAUGCAACCUGGUAUCAUAAAUGAAGGGGGAAAUGUGAUUGUUUUCUUCAGAAAGUCAUCUUUAUAUGUUGCAUAUAUGUAUAUAUAUGAAUUAGAACUGCACCAGACAAACGUUCCAGCAUCAUCUCCUUGGCCAAUGCGGAUUCGUGAUUAAUCACUGUGGUUACUCCAUCUUCUCAACCUCAAGUUCAGCACAUGACCUCAUGUGACCAUGUCUACCCACACCGUCUCAGUAUACAAAGUAGCAUUUCUACUUUUAUAUUAAUUCUCUAUAAUCUAGUGUUUGCUGAGAUCAAUCAGCAUACAGACAUAUUAGCUUGUUAAAGUUAUAACGUUGGCUUUACUGUUUUGAGGAGGUAAAUAUACAGCACUCGUAUCACUUAUGUUAUCUGGCUACCUAGUUGCUAACAAAAGAUAAAGAUGGAAGUGUUGUUGGCAGCAAAAUGUUGCUCAUUUUGAUGACUAAGUUGUGGUUCGUUGUACAGAUCAGCAAAACAUUGUCUGUGUACAAAGUGAUGGUAUACACCAAGGCAGCUAAUAUCAUUAAAUAAUCAUUUACCACUGACUCUGUGAAUUUAGAUAACACCCAAAGUAGCUUGGAAAGGUCAAUCAGAAAGCCAGUCAAUCCUUUUUAAAGUACUCCACCAAUGGAAAGAGCAAAGCAUAAAAGAGCACUUCUUUAUUAGAUGGGUAACAACAGCAGGUGUCAGAGCCAGAAGAAAAUCAUGGAGAACAGCAUUUAUCCAUCCAUCCAUCCAUCCAUCCAUCCAUCCAUCUUCUACCGCUUACUCCUUCUUCAGGGUCGCAGAGGGAACCUGGAGCCUAUCCCAGGGAACAUCGGGCACAGGGCGGGGUACACCCUGGACAGGGUGCCAGUCCAUCACAGGGCACAAUCACAUACACAUUCACACACCCAUUCAUACACUAUGGACACUUUUUGAACAGCAUUUAUUUAUUUUUUUUAUUUAAAAAUAUAGGUGUUGAGUGUAAAUGUUGACUGCUGUUUUUCAGUUGCUACCAUACAUUAGAUAGUUAUACCUACAUUACUUUGACUAAAAUGAUGCAACAUGUCGGCUAGCUAGCAAAUGGUAGCUCAGUCAGUCAUGACUCAAAUCUAACCCCUGUGCACAAACCGAACUUCAUAAAGACCUGGUUUGCAUCAACCCCACUAAACACCUUUGGGAUUAACUGUAACACCAAAUGCACCCCAGAUCCCCUCACCUGAUCAUUAGCAAGAUCAGUACCUGAUCUUACUAACACUCUUGUAGCUGAAUGAACACAAAUCCUGACAGCCAUGCUGCAAAAUCUAGUGGAAAGCCUCCCCAGAAGAUCGGAGCUUAUUACAACAGCAAAAGGGGAAUAAAUCUGGAAUAGGAUGUUCAGGAGGGACAUAUGGGUGUUCACCUUAUUAGGAGCACAUUCAUGCACUUAUCUAAUGAGUCAGUCAUGUCGCAGCAGCAUCAGUUAAUGUUCUCAUGAAACAUCAGAAUGAAUAAAAUGUGGUCUCUGUGACUUUAACUGUGGCAUGGAUGUUGGUACCAGGUGGACUGGUUUGAGCUGCCAGCAAGGAUUAAAGUAACUCAAAUCACUCUUUACAACCAUGGUGAGUGGAAAAGCAUCUCCACAUGCACAAUACCUUGAACCUUGAGGUGGAUGUGCUACAACAGCAGAAGAGCACAUCAGGUUCCACUCCUAUCAACCCAGAACAGGAAUCUUUGGUUAUCAUGGACACAGCCUCACCCACACUGGACAGCUGAAGAUUAAAAAGAAAAUCACCUGGUCUUUUUCCAGUCUUCACCUGUCCAGUUUCUGUGAUCCUGCUCAUUUAUGAUAUUUUUUAUGAUCAUUCAUAAUCACAAAUGAGUAACAAACCCAAGGGUUUGAAACCCGAAAAACACUAAACCAGAAGAUGGGAAUUAAGGAAACACGUAAAUCCAAUGCUCAAUAACGCACAUGAACAUGAAGCAAGCCUUCACAAAGACAGAAACAUGAGGGUUUAAAUACACAAACUGAAUAGGAACUAAAUUUAGUUCAGUCUAUCUAUCAGUCUAUUCUCUGAUUUGAAGCACUGACUAAAAAACAGUUUUUACCUGAAGGCUAUCAGGCUCCUAAAAAAAGUUAUGUAUUUUAUCAUAAUGCUAAAGCACCAGUAGGGGAGCUGUUCUACAAAUUUUAGUUAGUCAGUGUCCAUUUUCAACAUCAUAUUUAAAUGCAGUUCCUCUAUUUAAGACCACUGUGUGUUCUGAUACCUUUCUAUCAUAGCCAGCAUUAACUUUUCAAGCAGUUUUUACUACAGUUUGUGCUUCUGAGGGAUUGGACCAGAUGGCUCUAACCUUCGAGCCUUCAAGUCUUGGGUCCCAUACCCCUGACACCAGUUCACCAGUUGUCUUUCUUUGGACCACUUUUGGUAGGUACUAAACACUGCACACCAGUCACACGCCACAAGAGCUGCCAUUUUGGAGAUGCUCCGACCCAGUUGUCCAUGCCAGCACAAGUUGGCGAGGUUUUGCUCAGAUCCUUACACUUGUCCAUUGUUUCCUGCUUCCAACACAUCACCUUCGAGAACUGACUGUUCACAUGCUGCCUAAUAAAUACAUCCCACCCCUUGACAGGUGCCAGUGUAUUGAAAUAAUGUUAUUCAUGUCACCUGUCAGUGGAUUUAAUGUUAUGGUUGAUUGGUGCAUGUUACAGCAGCUAUUAAAAGUUGUUUCCUCCCCAGCCUCAAUUUUUAUUCUCUCUUAAAGUUAAAACUUAGUCACAGCUUUAACUCUGACUGAUAUAAAGUGCUGACACUGGAGACUACAUAAAAGGUGUAAUAAACGUCUCCUUCCAGAAAAGUUCAUCAUAUGAACAAUUACUUUUUGUUUUUAAACUAUUUAUGUGGAGCAUUCACCAUACAAGUUACUUUGAAUGAGCUGUGACUAUAAAAACAAUGACAUAUUAAAACAAGCACAUUAAUAUAAACAUGAGUUUGCAGCUGAACUACUUUAUAGGGGGAAAUCAACCAGUCAGAAUCGAGUAUUCAACAGCACUGAGGUAUAAAAGGUCAGUGGUCAGUUGUGAAUGGUUUGUGUUCUUCUUGUAAAUUGGUAUUGUAAUGCUGUGGGUGUACAUGAGGCUGCUUUUCAGCACAUAAAGAGUGAAGGAGAUUUUAGAAAAAAGUUGUGGUCAGAGCGCUUCCGCUCUCCUGCAUCUAAAACACAACUGAAGUGUUUCCUGACUGAAGCAGAACGAUUUCAGAGUGCUUCUUAACAGGGUUCCAGCUUCAGCAUGACAACGGUACUUUGUUUCUGUGAGUAAAAGUUGUUAAUUCACUAUUUUACCUUAGAAGUUAUUUAUCUCUUUGAACAGAUGAAUGGAUUCUAAACCACUGAUGUGUGUUUUUUUCCUAGAUCUACUUGUGUUCUGUGGAGCUGCAGAAAGUUUCACAGAGAAGUCGGUAGAUUUGGGACAAAAUGUGACUCUAAAGUGUGAGGUGUCUGUAAACAAUGUGUUCUGGUUCCUGAUGAAGCCGUCAGAACCUCCAGUGUUUAUAUUACGCUCUUUCUCAAGUAGUAUCCUGGAGCCAGUAUACAGUAACACGACCUUCAGCAAGAGGUUCUCAGUGCAAUAUAACAGCAGUUUAUUUAUACACAAUAUCAGUACUAAUGAAUUCGGAGUGUAUUAUUGUAUUCAAACUGGUUCACCUUACAACAUCAGCAGUGGAAUCAGACUUUACAUCCAAAAUCAUUCAGCUGAGAAUCAGACGUGUAAAACUGAGCAGUGUCAGAAUCAGACACGCAGUACAGCCAAAGAAAACAGCCACUUGCCGAUUCUCAUCAUAUCAGUAACAUUCAACUGUGUUCUGGUCAUUGUAGUUACAGUUUUUACAGUUCGUCACUGCAGAAGACGUCCAAAAACUCAAGCACAACCCUCAGAUCCUGGUUUACAGCCGCGUCAGGACAGUACCAGCCCUGUGUACGCCGAGGUGCAGUUCAGCAAGAACGGACCCGUCAGGACGGCUAACGGACCCGUCAGGACGGCUAACGGACCCGUCAGGACGGCUAACCUCGACAGCACGUACGCUCUUGUAAAUCUGUGACCCGGAGUGACCCCACGCAACACCUUGGACCACACGUGACGUUUCAUCAUAUUCAUAAAGAAGGCCCGUUUCUGCAGUUUCCGUGUAUGGACAAUUCGCAAAUGAGUCGUUUGUAAAAACCAGAUGAACUGAUUCACAAGCAUGAACAAAUCUUUUUUAUUUUUAUUUUAUUUUAUUUAAGGCCUAAAUUUAUAGAAGUGCUUUUGUAGAUGCUGUUCGAGUUGCUAAUCAAAAAACUCACAUUGUUAAGAGUCACUUAAUGAGAUGAUUUGGAAGAUUCGAAUCACUUAAGUGAGUCAUUGGACUGAAAUGAGUCAUGCUUCAAACCCUGAUAAUGUUUAGUUAGUGUUCCGACUAGAGUGUCAGCCAUUUUGAGAAACAUUUUACAAAAGGCGGGGUGGGGGGGGAGUGAGGGGGCAGGCAUUGUCGUCUAUCUCUCGCAGGACAAGAUAUUUUCCCAUAAUGCUCUGACAGUGUUUCAGUUAUGCUGCAUUUAGACUGACCUCGUUAGUGUAGGAAGUUGGAAGUUGCAUCAUUUUCGACCUCUGUGCAUUCAAGCUACAACGUGGGGGGAAACCAUGGACGCCUUGCCAGCUAACUGCAAUGAGCGAUGUAUAUUCACCUAUAAAGGCAGUGUAUAUAUAUUUUAACAAGCACAUAUGUCUGUAUGUUGAUUGAUCUAAAGCAAAUACUUGUAAAUACAGUAAUAUACUUGGGUAAAGGUAAGAAAUUGUUUACUGAUGCUGAAGCAGCUAUACUGAUUUGCCCUUACUUACUGAACUCGGGGUCGAGGAGACGAGUCGAUGAGCAGGAAUUCUGAGGCGAGGGAGCGCUUACGUUCAUUUUUUUUCCUAGUCAGAGAUUGGAAAUGACAAGUUAGGACCUUCAGUCAAACGCAGCAUUAGAUUACAGUGUCACAUUUAAACGACUGUGCAAUGAAAUAAAGUCUUAUAAAAUAUCUUUA